CACAAUUCAAGUACCUCCUCUUUACAAAGUUGAGCAAAGUAACUAGGGGUGAUCUUGCUCUGUUUACUUCCCCACACACAAUUUGUCAAUGGCCUCUCAGUUUCUAUUGUUGGCAUUCCUUGCCAUAACUUGUUCAGUUGCUUUAGCUGCUGAUCCAAGUUCUCUUCAGGACUUCUGUGUGGCUGAGCGUACAAGCUCAGUAUCAGUGAAUGGACAUGUCUGCAAGGACCCUAAGUUUGUUGGAGCCGAUGACUUCUUCUUCAGUGGACUUCACCUUGCAGGCAACACUUCAAACCCUGCUGGUUCAAGGGUGACCCCUGCGACGGUAGCCCAAAUUCCAGGACUCAAUACCUUUGGCAUCUCCCUUGUUCGCAUUGACUAUGCACCAAUGGGCAUUAACCCUCCACACACUCAUCCUAGAGCUACUGAAAUAUUGACAGUGGUUGAAGGUAGCCUAGAAGUGGGUAUUGUCACCUCCAACCCUGAAAACCGUCUCAUUUCCAAGGUGCUUCAGAAGGGUGAUGUGUUUGUGUUCCCAGUAGGACUAGCGCAUUUCCAGCGAAAUGUUUGGAAUAGUAAUGCAGUCGCCAUUGCAGCUCUCAGCAGCCAAAAUCCAGGUGCUAUUACCCUUGCCAAUGCAGUGUUCGGAUCAAAGCCAGACAUCUCUACCGAUGUUCUUGCAAAGGCUUUCCAAGUGGAGAAGGACAUUGUCGUCGAUUUUCAAGCCAAGUUUUAGACUAACCUAUGGAUCAGCCCCUGCAAUUAAGUUGAGGGGCAUUGCAAUUUCUUUCCAGUGCGUGCAAUUUGUUUAGCAAUUUGUCUACGAUUCAUAUAUUUGUCAGUGCAACUAUAUGUUGGUGUCUUUUGUUUGAUUCAGUUAUUCAGCAGUGGUGAUCAUCAGUUUCUCUGUUUCUUUUCAUUGUAUUGUUGAAGAAAUGAUAUGGACAUUGUUUGAA